AUGUUGCAGAAGGCCACUGUGCGGCCUACAGUCCUCAGGAACUACGUGGAUGAUUCCCUGAAGCAAAAAGAUUAUUUUGGUUUCAAGAAAAUGAUUACAGUCGAUGAUAUGUUUCACGCACGCGUACAUUAUGGCCACAAGGUUGGGACAGUUCAUGACAAAAUGAAGUGGUCACUGUUUGGCGAACGACUGGGCGUUUGUAUUUUUGAUUUGCAAAAAACUCGUGACUGCUUAAUCAGGGCAUUGAACUUUGCUGCGCACAUGGCGAUGCGUGGUGGCAUGUUCUUAUUCAUCACGUCAGACAGAAAUAACAUGCUAAUGGUUGAAAAGAAAGCGAUGGAAGUGGGUGAGUUCGUGCACGUCCGACGGUGGCAAGUGGACACGUUGCUUAAUGCACAGGACUUGUUUGGAGCACCAGUUCGCUUGCCGGAUACCAUCAUACUUCUCUCUACGUUGACCUCGGUAUUGGAAACACAUCCAGCAGUGCGGGAAGCGGCAAAAUUGGUCAUACCAACAAUUGCCAUUGUAGAUUCAAACGCAGACCCAACGUACAUCACGUAUCCUGUGCCCGGGAAUGAUGAUUCAACGUCAAGUGUGCAGUAUUUCAUGAAUUCCUUCACAAAUGCUAUCAAGAUUGGUAAGGAAGCACGGCAAACGUUAAUUGGCGAUGCUUGA